GGAGGGGCCAAUCAGCAUCUCGCUUUCAAGGCUAUGGUACCAGACUAGUAAAGAAGAGGUGACGCGUUUACCGUGAUACGAUUGUAGAAAAAGCAGUUUUUAGUAGACUUGCCUGUCGCAUUUUAGAGCAUCGAACGGAAGAAGGGUAACACAAAUGGAGUGUACAGACAAAGGUGCUCAAGCCCGUGGAAGUGUUUGCUAACCAGUGAAGCGUUUUCCUGCCGCCGCAGAUCUCCUGCAUUAUAGGCCUCAUGGAGUUGGGUGCUCUACGAGCGCUAGACGCCACUGCCACCACCACCCCCUCUCUCUGCUUGUCCAGCCAUAGCCAGCCCUGAAGGACGGGUUCUCACCUCUUCCCCCCCCUCCCCGUCCCUCCUCCAUACCCCUGCCCCUGCCCCCGAACCCCACCACCCUCCCACCUGCUCUACUGGCUCCCUCUGCUGCCCUCCCCCUGGUCCCCUCUUCCUCCCCCCGAGAUGAUUGGCAAACUCAAGCAGAACCUGCUGGUGGCCUGCCUGGUCAUCAGCUCCGUUACCGUCUUCUACCUGGGCCGGCAUGCCAUGGAGUGCCACCACCGCAUCGAGGAGCGUAGCCAGCCACUGGUAGUGAGCAGCCUGCAUGCCACGCUGCGCACCGGCCAGAACCUCAGCAACCCCUUCGUCUACAACAAGGACAUGCCGCUGAUCUUCAUCGGGGGGGUCCCCCGCAGCGGCACCACGCUGAUGCGCGCCAUGAUGGAUGCUCACCCGGAGGUGCGCUGUGGCGAGGAGACUCGCGUCAUCCCACGCAUCCUGGCCAUGAAGCAGAUGUGGAGCCGUUCAGGCCGCGAGAAGAUGCGGCUGGACGAGGCCGGCGUCACCGACGAGGUGCUGGACUCUGCCAUGCAGGCCUUCCUGCUGGAGAUCAUCGUCAAGCAUGGCGAGCCGGCCACCUAUCUCUGCAACAAGGACCCUUUCGCCCUGAAAUCCCUUUCCUACUUGGCCAAAAUCUUCCCCCACGCCAGGUUCAUCCUCAUGAUCCGCGACGGCCGGGCCUCCGUCCAUUCCAUGAUCUCACGCAAAGUGACCAUAGCAGGCUUCGACCUGGGCAGCUACCGGGACUGCCUCACUAAGUGGAGCCGGGCCAUAGAGACUAUGUACACGCAGUGCCUGGAGGUUUCGGACAAGUGCCUGCCCGUGCACUAUGAGCAGCUGGUCCUGCACCCGGAGAAGUGGAUGAGGACACUGCUGAAAUUCCUCAACAUUCCCUGGAAUGAGGCAGUGCUGCACCACGAGGAGCUCAUCGGAAAAGCUGGAGGUGUAUCACUCUCCAAGGUAGAAAGGUCUACGGACCAGGUGAUCAAGCCUGUCAACGUGGAGGCCUUAUCUAAGUGGGUGGGCAAGAUCCCGGCGGACGUGCUGCGGGACAUGGCUGUCAUCGCCCCCAUGCUCUCGCGGCUCGGCUAUGACCCGCACGCCAACCCGCCCAACUACGGCAGGCCAGACCCCAGAGUUCUGGACAACACUAGAAGGGUCUUUAAGGGUGAAUUUCAGCUACCUGAUUUUCUAAAAGAACAAUCACAGCUCCAGAAGUCUCCAGAGAAGCCCAAUCCCAGUUAGAGAAGGAGGCAGACUUGGAGUAUCUAUCACGCCCAUAUAAGGCACAGCUGGGCCUAAAGCAGCGGGUCGGAAGUGGACAUCUGUCGCCCUCACCAUGCUGGGAUUAUUAUGAAUGGCUACACACACACACACACACACACACACACACACACACACACACACACACACACACACACACACACGGACACAGACACACAGACUCGGUUUCUGACAUACACAUACACACACAAUCAUGCAGUGCAUUUUAGAGCAUCUUAGGGCAAAGUAUACUCGUGAAUGGAUACAGACACACACUCACAGAUGGCCAUGCACUGGCUUGGACCAUUUUAUGGAGAACUUGUUUGGCCUUUGAUGUCGUACUGUAACAUAUAUGGCCUAAGAAUGUCAUUGCUGUUUAUUUUUCUCAUCACACAGUACUCAUUUGAAUUGUCCUCCUUGGCUACAUUAACCUGUGAUUCUGUUAUAAGAAGAAUCAGGUGAACUUUUAAUUGCAAAAUGAAGUAUUUAUGAAAGAGUUCAAAAGUUAGCUUUUAAAGAUGCAAUAUCUAUUUUAAUGUUUGAUUUUUUUUCCAUGCCUUUGUAUUGUGCAAUUCCUUGGGUACUUGUGUACAACAUCACCAAUUCGAGGUGUUGAUCAUGUGAAGAUGAACAGCAUUUUGUAAACCUGUACUUACCAUGGAGUGGUCUUUUUGUACACGGGGAGCCGUAAUAAAUGAAUUGUCAGUGUUGAAGGCAGAUUGCCCUCCUGAUCUGCUCCAUAGUGCUAUGCCAUUGGAAAAGUGACAAAAAAAUAAUUGUGGUAGGUCUAUGCAUAGACAAUUAAAUUAUUUUGAACUUCUCUAAAUCUCUUUUCAGAUGCCAUGCUGAAAUUGUAAAGUGGAAAUACAAUCCAUGUUUUGUAUUAUCAGUGAUUUUUUUUUUUUUUUUUUGCCAUCCAAAGCUGACAGUUCUGAGCUAAGUUGAUUGUGGCUGACCUCCAGAUGUCUCAUUAGUGGAUGGGAUGGAUGGAUGGGAGGGAGUGGAGCUGAUUCCAAGAAGACUUUCAGCCACUAAAGCAGGGUUGCAGUCUCAGACUUGGUGGGGUGGUGGAGGGGGUACCUGCCUGAGACUGAGCUUGUCUGGUGUUGUCCAAAAUAAAUACAGACUGAGGAGAAAACCAAAAAAGGGCCUCUCCACACA